AUGUCCGCCACCAACCCGGGCGUCCGGCCCUUCGCCCUCCUAGCAGGCUUCGCCUACUACACCCUCCUCGGCGGCCGUCUCGACACCGCUCUUCUCCUCCUCUUCUCGGCCCUCCGCAGCAAGCGUGCCCUCAUAGAUCUCGUCUCGGACUACAUCGACCCGCAGACACUGCGCCGCCAGCUCCUCCUUCUCCCGGGUUGCCUCCUCGGCUUCGUCAUUCUCCAGGUCUGCCGCUUCCUCCUGGGCCUCACGGAGACGGGAGACUCCACGAAAUGGACGACGCCCAUGAGGCCGCUGCUGAUCCCCUGUACGACGACGCACCGCCGGACGUUCCCGGAGAAGCAUGCCUUUGCGUACUCGUACCUCAUUGUCGGCAUUCCCGUCGGGUGGAAGGGCACGUAUGCCGGCAUGGUCUCGAGCGGUGUCGAGAAGCCCGGCUGGGCGUCGUGGUUCUCAGUGGUGCCUCGACCCGGGAAGGGGUGGUUUGAUGUCGACCCCGCGGAUUAUCUCGACAGAGGAAAUGGGCAUCUCGGGCUCAGGGGGAAGCUGGAUGCGUAUCUCAAGUCUCAGGGCGCCGAUCCGGCGCAGUAUCCCUGCGCGUAUCUCGUCACCGCGGCCAGGUUCAUGGGAUAUCACUUCAACCCAGUCUCCUUCUGGUACCUCUACUCCAAGGACCAGGAGUUGACGGCCAUGGUCCUUGAGGUGAACAAUACCUUUGGCGAGCGCAGGAUGUACUUCCUCGCUACGGACGCCAUCCCUUCAGAGCAACGUCUCAACGGAGGCGACAACACCAAGAAAGACGUCGCAGAGCCCAACUCCAAAACAGACGACGAGCCCGCUGCCAAGAGGUCCACGGUAAGAAUGACCAAGCAAUGGCCAAAGGACUUCCACGUCUCCCCCUUCAACUCCCGCAAGGGCGCCUACUCUCUCUCGGCAACCGACUUCUUCAGCCCCGAUGCCCGCGGGACCUACUCCCUCGAUAACACAAUCACCCUCAAGUCCUCCAAAGACCACCCCAAGAUCGUCGCCCGCCUCUUCAACUCGGCCCCUGCCAUCGACCCGGGCUCCAUGUCCGCCCUGCAAAAGUUCGCCUUUCUGUGCCGUUGGUGGUGGGUCGGCUUCGUGACCUUCCCCCGCAUCGUCAAGGAGGCCGCUGUCCUCUUUUUCAGCAGGAAGCUGCACGUGUGGUACCGGCCGGAGCCGCUAAAGGAGAGCAUAGGCCGACAGGCCGAUGCGACGGAGAGCCGGCUCGAGCCCAUCUUCCGGGCCUACCUCCGCCACCUGGUCGAGCAGUCCGCGGCCGCCAUUGCCGUCAGGUACAUCCCCACCGGCAUCGACUCGGCCGGACCCGAGGUGAUGCAGUCGCCGGCCGCGAAGAAGAACCCCAAACGCACCGAGGUGCUCGACUUCAAGGUCCUCACGCCGGCAUUCUACACCCGCUUCGUGCACUACGCCCACGACCUCGAGGCCGUCUGCUGCGAGUUCCAAGACAACUCCACCCUCUGGAUCUCGCGACCGGACCUCCUCCCAAAGCUCAUCCUCAAAAAGCCCACGCCGCCGCUGAAGACGACAAACAUCCUUGACUUUGUCUACUUCAGAGCCAUCCGGGCCCUGCGGCAGAGACCGGAUCGUAUCGAGCGGCCACUCACCUCUGCAGCGUCGUCGAGUCACAGCGGAGGCGACGGCGCUGACGGUGUGCAAAAGGUGGAUAUCCGCGACUUCCGCAUCUCGUCCAUGGACGGCUUCGUCCUGGGGCAUUCUGACGCUCCAAUGCGGAGGGCCUACAGGUCGCUCGUGCUGCGGACGUUCCUUGCCAACCGUCUGGCGCUGGGGAGCGUGGAACUAUUGGAUUUGCAGCAUUUUAUCCUGCGCGCAGGCGUCGCUUGGUUACUGUCGUCGCUGGUCGCUCCGCUUGUGAUGCUAUGA